AUGUCUUACCUUCAGAAUCAACUCAAGAGCUUCAACGCCAGCGUCAUGGAGUCGGCGAACCGCAUGCCUCAGCAGAGACGUAUGGCCAACAACGCCCCAGCCUCCGCCACCAGCUCACAGGUUCCUUCAUCUGCGCCGACUCCAUCCUCUAAUGCUGUCGACGCCAAGAAAAAGCGGCAUGACGUGGAUAUCGUUUACUCGCAGCCCGCGAACACGGGUACUGGAAAGGAUAUCAUGACCCAGGUGCUUUUUGCGAUCGAGCACAUGAAGUCGAAAGGUGUGCCGCUCAAGUUUGCCGAUAUCGUGUCCUACCUUUCCCUGCAACACCGAGCGAAUGAUCCGGGAUAUGUUCAAGCACUCCGACGAAUCCUACAAAAACACGAGAAGGUCGACUUUGAUCCAAGCGGGGCAGGCGGCGAAGGCACCUUUGCUUUCCGUCCGCCUCACAACGUGCGUAACCCUGAGCAGCUUCUUCGGAAGCUCCAAUCUCAGACUACUGCGACUGGUAUGAGUGUGCGCGAGCUACGUGAGGGCUGGCCAAAUGUCGAGGACGCCAUUAACCAGAUGGAGAAGGAAGGGAAGCUCCUGGUCACUCGCAACAAGAAGGAUGACCACGCCAAGAUGAUCUGGGCCAAUGACCCUUCGCUGAUUGAGCACUUUGAUGACGAAUUCAAACAGAUCUGGGAGAAGAUCAAAAUCCCGGACCCGCAGGCUGUCAAGGAGGCCUUGGAUAAGGCUGGCAUCGUCCCGACGAACAAGAACAAAGUGGUCAAGCCCCGGAUGAAGGUAGAGGCAAAGAAGACCAAGAAGCCACGCCGUAGCGGCAAGACGACCAACACCCACAUGAUGGGUAUUCUGAGGGACUACUCGCACCUCAAGCGGUGA